CUGAUGAAAUGAAGGAAAUCUGUUUCUGGUGGGGAGGGAGAAGGGGGGAUCGUUUUCCCCAAACAGCACCAAGAGGAGCCAUCAGAGAAGUAUGAAGAGGGGGCAGUGCGGCUGUAGCUGCAGCCGCUGCCGCCGGGCUGCUGGGGUGCAGAGGCUGCCGCAGGACCUGCGCCGGGAGGGGGCCAGUCCUGAGUCGCUGCAGGAGCACCCAGCCGGGAGCCCCAGAACCCUAGAGCCGCCACUAGCCCAGCUCCGGACGCGGCGGUCCUACAAGUGGAUGAAUAAUGUGCACUGCUCUGAGCCCUAAGGUACGCAGUGGACCUGGCCUCUCUGAUAUGCAUCAGUAUAGCCAGUGGCUGGCCAGCAGACAUGAGGCUAAUUUGCUACCGAUGAAAGAAGAUCUGGCCCUAUGGUUAACCAACCUAUUAGGGAAGGAGAUUACAGCUGAAACUUUUAUGGAGAAAUUGGAUAAUGGUGCCUUGCUCUGUCAGCUUGCAGAAAGUGUACAAGAAAAAUUCAAAGAGAGCAUGGAUGCUAACAAGCCGACAAAGAAUCUGCCCUUGAAGAAAAUCCCAUGCAAAUCCAGUGCACCCUCAGGCUCCUUUUUUGCCCGAGACAAUACAGCAAAUUUCUUGUCCUGGUGCCGAGAUUUAGGGGUAGAUGAAACCUGUCUAUUUGAAUCAGAAGGCUUGGUUCUCCACAAGCAACCAAGAGAAGUGUGUCUCUGUUUGCUAGAGCUUGGCCGAAUUGCAGCCAGGUAUGGUGUGGAACCUCCUGGUUUAAUAAAGUUAGAAAAAGAGAUUGAACAAGAAGAAACACUUUCUGCCCCUUCUCCUUCACCUUCUCCUUCAUCAAAAUCUUCUGGAAAAAAGAGUACAGGGAACUUACUGGAUGAUGCUGUGAAACGGAUUUCUGAAGAUCCUCCUUGCAAAUGCCCGAGCAAGUUCUGUGUGGAAAGACUUUCUCAAGGACGGUACCGGGUGGGAGAAAAAAUCCUCUUCAUUAGGAUGCUGCACAACAAGCAUGUCAUGGUCCGUGUGGGAGGAGGAUGGGAAACCUUUGCAGGAUAUUUGUUGAAACAUGAUCCCUGCCGGAUGCUGCAGAUCUCCAGAGUGGAUGGCAAAACAUCCCCUAUCCAGAGCAAAUCUCCAACCCUUAAGGACAUGAAUCCAGACAGUUACCUGGUUGUCUCUGCCAAUUAUAAGGCUAAGAAGGAGAUUAAAUGAAACUAGUUGGUCACUACAAGGGGACUGUUAUAAUGGCCUGUAUCCACUUAUCCUGUGUAGUCAGUUUAGUUCACAUGUUCUGAAAAUUACUGUGGAAAAAAAGACGCAGCAAGCCGAAACAUCACUGCAUAUUGAAUAAUGCUCAGAGAGUAGCACUAUUUAUUUUUAAUGCUUCUGUAUUAGAUGACCUAUUCAAAGAAAUUUUCAACUUAGACAAUUUCAAAUUAGACAAACUAUAGGCAAAUUAUUGUUUCUUAGUUGUGAAUACAGUAUUUAGUUUAAAAUGUUAGAAACAAUAUUAUAAAUUCUAGCUAAAAACUGAUAAAAACUGGAAUUAGAGUAGAAUAUUUUGAGAUUUACAGAUUAAGUCAACAGAAAGUGCCUGAUUUAUGUCUACAGAGUAAAAGCACCCCAGAAAUUUUAUAAUUGUGAAAUUUUAAAUUAAUUUAUAAAAAAAGAUAAUCAAUGUGAUAUUGUGCUACUAAAAAGAUCCAGUAACACUACAUAUUCAUUCAUGAAAGCAAUACUUUGCUGGAAAGGCCAGUUUUAGAAAAGUUUACAUUUACUUGGAAGGUUGCCUUAAAGUGUAUUCUUUAUCUAUGACCAAAUAUCUGGGGUACUUUUGGGAAGUUUUCAGCAUACUUUUAGAAAGUCCCUUCUAAAUGGUUUCCCUUAUUCCUAAGCACAUGGCUGUAUUCAAGCUUAGUGUAAUUCACACAUCUGAGCUGAUAUUUCUUUAUAUUUUGACAAAAUAAUUUGUACAGUCAAAAUGCUCACUGGCAUCAUGGUAUUUUAUGCAUUUCCUUAUUAUAAUAUAUCUUUAGUUAAUCCUACUUUGCUAUCCUGCUAGUAAAGUAAAUUCACUGUAGCUAAUGAUGUUACAGACUUCUGUGUACCCUUGUAUACUAGGACAGAGCUAUUUCAUAUCAAUAAAUAGCUAAGUAGUGUCCUUAAUGAUUCAAGAAUUAAAAAUAUAAAUUUUUCAAAAUGAUAUGUC